AUGCAGCUCAUCAAGUCUCUUGUCAGUCUGCUCCCCAUGGUGGCGAUGGCCUCGGCCGCUGCGAUAUCGUCUGUGAUCCCCGAGGAAGUUGAUCCUACCAUCACUUCUGUUGCUGUCCCCGCCGCUGCAGACGGUUCUGGCGUUCCAAUCCCCGCCUCCGUUUCUAGCGGCCUCGACAAUCGAGUUAUUACCGCUGUCAUUGAUGCCACUACCUCAGUGACCAAGACCUUCAAAACGACCGUCACCACUGAGAGUCGCAUCAUUACCGCAACCUCUCGCACCACCGUUGCCACAGAGAACCUCGUCCUUACUUACACGUCGAGAACCACGGCCGCCACCCAGACCCUCGUGCUUACUUACACGUCGAGGACCACUGCCUCGGUCCAGACCCUCGUCCUGACUUACACGUCAAGGACCACUGCGGCCACCGAGACCCUGACCCGCACUGCCCGUACUACUGUCGACGCUUCGGAGACCGUCACUUACACUCCUACCGUGACCGGCGAGCCUACUACCGUCUACUCGACCUUUACGGAUGUCACAACUUUACCUAGUACCGCUUACGAGACCACGACAGAGGUUUCUACGGUUUUCCUUGACGAAACGACGACUAUGCCUACAGUCGUGUAUGCCACGGAGUUUUCGACCGAAACACGCGUACAAACUGUUGACGAGACCACAACCAUCGGAAGCACCAUCUACACCACUGCCACAGCCGUCGUUGACACGACCAUCUACGACACUCAGUUUGCCGUCAUUGAGUCCACUCAGUACAACAUUGCCACAGUUCCGACCACCAUUUACACAACCGAGGUCGUCCCCACGACCUCGUACGCUACGGAGAUUAUCAACUCGACCAUCACUGCAGCCGUGACUGAGACUGCCACCACUACAAUCACCCAGACGGCAACUGUCACAAACCAGUCUGUGUGCCUUUACAGAUAUGCGUACAUCACUCGCACCCAGACCGCGAGUGUUGCUCCCCGCUAUUCGACCUACACGGUCUCAACCAUCACCUGCCUCCCUGCCGAGCCCACUUGUGACUCGCGCACGGGCAACUGCAACAAGUUUGCUCGCCUGGUCCUCAACGCCGAGCCUACUGCAGCCUGA